UGCCAUCGUGGCCACUACAGUGACAAUUAAAUAGUACCUACUUUACUUCUCCCCAGUCCCCCGUUUACUGGAAAUCCCCCCACUGCUGUCGCCGCCUGAUAGAAGAGUGCUGCCUCUAUUUGAAAGGCGAUAACCUCUUCUCCAGUCACCACUAUCACCAGUAACCUAAACCAACUGUAACUCUCUCGAUUGUUUGAGUGUACACAUGACCGCUGACCAGAGCAUUGUCUCGCCACCGGCCUCAGGUCCUACCAGCAUACAUUUGUGGUAUAUAUGGUGGCUAAAGCUUACAGAGUAGGGAAAACUGGUCAUGAGCGCAUAUUCAAGUUAGUAACGGAGUCACUUCUAAAGGCAAACCGAUGAUGGAGACAUAAACGACACUUGGCGUCUCAUUGCUGCACGCAAGCUUAAGCCAGUCAGUUGAGUCCAUUAUGACGAUAGACAGCCCGUACGCAUGUGGCCUUGGCCGCUGGCACCCUCGAUGGCUGCAAAAGUUUUCCCAUCCGGCGAUUUAUAUGAUCUUCUUUUCGGCACUCGGAAUACUUCAAGGUGCCUACUAUUCAUACUUUGUUGGCAUUAGCAACACCCUGGAAAAACGCUUUGCCUUCAGCUCCUCAACGGGUUCAGUGGUCAACAUGGCGGACAAUCUCGGACCGAUUAUGUUCAGUGCUCUCAUCGGAUAUUUAAGUUCUCGAGGUCAUAGACCUCGUUGGGCCGCAGGCGCGAUGGUCGUAGCAGGCAUUUCUAGCUUUCUGGGUGCACUGCCGUACUUUCUUUAUGGGCCCGACAAUGACUACUUCGACGAAGAGACCAAUAUGGUUAUUGAGCCAACCUCUGACGAUAUUGACUUUUGUAACGAAGCCGAGGUAGAAUUGAUGGCGCAAGAAUGUGGCAGUGAGAAACUGAAGAACAUUCCUUCGAUCGUGCUACUCUUCUCAUCGAACUUUCUUAAUGGUAUUGUAGCCAGUGUAUACUACUCGGCGGGUACAUCGUACUUAGACGACAGCGUCUCGAAAGUGCAAGCUCCAAUGUAUAUGACCGUUACAGCAUUUAUGAGAGGAAUCGGCCCUAUAUUGGGCUUUCUGCUGUCGUCUUACUGUUUAUGGCGGUAUGAAGAUCCCCAGCAUCCCCCGUCAUAUGAUUUCGAGGAUCCACGAUGGAUCGGUGCCUGGUGGCUUGGCUUUGCUAUACUGUCAUUUUUUAUGACCAUUUUUUCAGUUCCUUUGUUGUUUUUCCCUAAAUCCAUGAACCGACCGGAGUCGCAGCUGACAAUUGGCCAGCGCUCGGAAAAACUAAAACACAAUAAUGAAAAAGUAAAUGAAGCGUUGUCGCAGCCGAAAACGUGUAUGCUGAACUCGAAAGCAGCCCUCAAAACAAAAACUGGAUCCUGGAAAGAAAUGGCUAUCGAAAUUUACGCUGAUAGCCUUCGAUUAGCCAAAAACCCCAUUUAUAUCCUUCAUCUGUGCAGUCAGGUGUUCAAGUGGUUUGGUAUUAUCGGUUACUUUAAUUAUAUGCAGAAAUACCUUCAAGAACAAUUUCGAGUAUCAGCGUCCAAAGCAUCGCUCUUUGGUGGUGCUGUACCUCUGUGCGUUGCUCUCGUAACGACUUCAAUAGGCGGCAUCUUUUUACGGUAUGUGAAACCAAAGCCGAAAACACUGACACUGCUGAUGUUUAUCUGUGAAGUUGUCACGGUCAUCCUGUUGGCGUCACUCAUAUUCUAUAGUUGCGAACCCCCUGAUUAUACAAUGGGUCCUAAAAAUGCCGAAUCGAUGGACGAUAUGAUUAACACGUGUAACGCUAACUGUCAUUGCUCCACUGAGAUUUUCCACCCCGUUUGCAUCGGUUCCACAACCUAUUUUUCCCCGUGCUGGGCUGGAUGUCGUACAAAUAGUUUGCUUACGAAUACAUCCGACCCUACAAUAGAUCGCUACGAGAAUUGCGAAUGUGCCAAGUAUCUGGUGAAGAGUCAGCCGUUUCAACACUCGCUUGAUGCUGUCGAGGGUCGCUGCAAUGAAGAGACUCCGGAAUGCACGCGACAGUUUACAUUAUACGUGGUGACACUUACCUUAAUGUACUGUCUAGCAUUUCUGCUUCAGGUCGCUCACAUAUUACUACCCAUGCGGUGUGUCGAGAGACGCGACAAGACCUUUGCUCUCGCGGUCUUUGAGGGCGUCUGCUGCCUAUUCGCAUUCGUGCCUUAUCCGUUCGCCUACAGUUUCGUCAUCGAUCAGUCAUGCAUUCUAUGGGAAGAGAGCUGUCACCAACGAGGCAACUGCUGGAUUUACGACUUAUCAGCGCUAAAUGGCCGCUUGCAUGGGAUGCCUGUAAUAACCUGCGCUAUUAAUUGCCUUUGUAUCUAUGGAAUUUAUCUGUUCGCCAAUGAGACACGAUUAGCUAGAUUUUACGAAGAUGAUGAUGAUGAUCGCGAUAGUGAGGACCGCGACAUGCAUCAGCAAAGGACCGAAGAACGAGGAGCACUGAAAGCUGAUAGCUUUGUACCGGAAGUGCCCUUAGUUUAGCUUCACCUUCAACAAGAGCCUCCAUUUUUAUCAGAACGAACGAAGAAAAGGCAAUAAUGAUUCUAUCAGUAGGUUAACAAUACUCGCAAAAAUAAUUAAAAUUAUAUGUUUGUCGAAGUCCUAAAGGUUAUAAUAGACCUGUUUGUAAAUAAUAUUAGCUGUAAAAAGAGAGAAGUUGACUGUAUACAGGGAUAUAUGUAAAAUCCACUGUUAAUAAAUAACUAUCUUAACAAUGAUAACGUUAUUACCUACAGUAGGGCUCUGUUAUGUAUAGU